AUGGCCGAUAAGCAUUUCAUAAAUUGUUAUGUCUCAUUAGUAUGGCUGCUUUUUGUAAUAUUGCCCUCAACUACUACUGUUGGUGAUUAUACUUCCAAUAAUAACUGUAGCUCUAUUGAGAGGGAAGCCUUGAUUUCCUUCAAACAAGGCUUAUCAGAUCCUUCUGCUCGUCUUUCUUCCUGGGUUGGCCAUAAUUGUUGUCAAUGGCUUGGCAUUACUUGUGAUCUCAUUUCUGGAAAAGUCAUUGAAAUUGAUCUACACAACUCAGUGGGCUCUACCAUUUCUCCAUCAUCUAUUAGGUUUGGUGUGGAUGAGAAACAACCAUGGAAAGUUCCCGAGGAUUUUGAACAAGAAUUCCUAAAGACUUGUUUGAGAGGGAAAAUAAGUUCUUCCCUACUUGAGCUCAAACAUUUGAAUUAUCUCGACUUAAGUUUAAAUAAUUUUGAAGGUGCUCCAAUUCCAUAUUUUUUUGGGAUGCUCACGAGCCUAAGGUACCUCAACCUUUCUUUUGCAAAUUUUAGUGGACAAGUUCCCAUUUAUCUAGGAAAUUUAUCUAAUUUGAAAUAUCUGGAUCUUUCUACUUGGAAUCUAGCGUUUUUCGAAUGGCCUAGUUUGCAUGUUCAAAACUUGCAAUGGAUUUCUGGUUUUUCAUCCCUUGAGUACCUUAAUCUUGGAGGGGUGAAUUUAAGUAGUGUCCAAGCUUCAAAUUGGAUGCAUGCUUUUAAUGGUGGACUCUCCUCUUUGUCAGAAUUACGCUUAAGUCAGUGUGGUAUUUCAAGUUUUGAUUCUUCAGUUACCUUUUUAAAUCUCAGUUCACUUAGAGUCCUUGAUUUAUCAGGUAACUGGAUAAAUUCUUCCAUACCUUUGUGGCUAUCUAACCUUGCUAACAUUUCAACGCUUUAUCUGAGUGCCAAUCAUUUUCAAGGUACAAUUCCUCAUGAUUUUAUAAAAUUGAAAAAUCUCCAACACCUAGACUUAGCAUUGAAUAGCGAAAUUAGUGUUAUUGGAGAUCACCCACCAAUCUCUCCACAAAAUCUUUGCAAAUUACGACUUUUGGACCUUUCAUACAGUAGUUUUAAGGUUAAACUUGAAGAGUUUUUGGAUAGUUUCUCAAAUUGUACCCGGAAUAGUUUGGAAUCCUUGGACUUGUCAAGAAAUGAAUUUGUGGGAGAGAUACCAAAUUCAUUGGGAACAUUUGAGAACCUAAGAACCUUGAAUCUCUUAGGUAAUCAAUUGUGGGGUUCACUUCCAAAUUCAAUAGGUAAUUUGAUAUUGUUAAAAUAUUUAGAUAUCUCAUAUAACUCUUUAAAUGGAACUAUACCUUUAAGUUUUGGACAACUUUCAAACUUAGUUGAGUUCAGAAAUUACCAAAAUUCAUGGAAGAAUAUAACCAUAACAGAGACACACUUAGUAAAUUUGACAAAGUUGGAGAUGUUCACCUUCAAGACAAAAAAUAAACAAGGAUUUGUUUUCAAUAUCUCAUGCGAUUGGAUUCCUCCAUUCAAACUGAAGGUUCUUUAUUUGGAAAAUUGUCUCAUUGGUCCACAGUUUCCAAUUUGGCUUCAAACUCAAACUCAACUUGUUGACAUCACUCUCACCGAUGUUGGGAUCUCUGGCUCUAUACCAUACGAGUGGAUUUCUAGCAUAUCUUCUCAAGUCACUACAUUGGAUUUGUCCAACAACUUGCUCAAUAUGAGCUUGUCCCACUUAUUCAUCAUACCUGAUCAUACUAAUUUUGUUGGUGAAAGUCAAAAACUUCUCAAUGACUCAACUCCCCUCCUUUAUCCAAAUCUAAUACACUUGAAUCUACGAAACAAUAAACUGUGGGGCCCUAUGCCCUUAACUAUCAAUGAUUCGAUGCCCAACUUGUUUGAAUUAGAUUUGUCAAAGAAUUACCUUAUUAAUGGUACAAUUCCAUCAUCCAUUAAAACAAUGAAUCACAUUGGUAUAUUGUUAAUGUCAGACAACCAACUUUCAGGGGAGAUUUUUGAUGAUUGGAGUAGACUCAAAUUAGUGCUUCGUGUUGAUUUAGCCAACAAUAAUCUACACGGAAACAUUCCAACCACAAUAGGUCUGUCAACAUCGCUCAAUGUAUUAAAGUUAGAGAACAACAAUUUGCAUGGAGAAAUUCCAGAAUCCUUGCAGAAUUGUUCACUACUCAAGAGCAUCGAUCUUUCAGGAAAUGGAUUCUUAAACGGAAACCUGCCUUCAUGGAUAGGAGUAGCUGUGUCAAAAAUACGAUUGUUGAACUUGCGGUCUAAUAAUUUCAGCGGAACCAUUCCAAGACAAUGGUGCAAUCUUCAUUUUCUUCGUAUAUUAGAUCUAUCAAACAAUCGUCUUUUUGGUGAACUUCCAAGUUGUUUGUAUAAUUGGUCAGCUUUUGUCCAUGGCGAUGAUGAUGACAAUGUUGGAUUAGGAUUGAAUUAUUAUAGCAAAGCAGCGAUCAGUUACUCAUAUGAAGAAAAUACAAGGUUGGUUACCAAAGGAAGAGAGUUUGAAUACUACAACACUAUUGUUAAGUUUGUUCUGACGAUAGAUCUUUCAAGGAAUAAAUUGAGUGGUGAAAUUCCAAAGGAGAUAACAAAGCUCAUUCAAUUGGUUACUCUAAACUUAUCUUGGAAUGCUCUGGUGGGUACCAUUCCAGAAAAUAUUGGGGCGAUGAAGACUUUAGAAACACUAGAUCUCUCCCUCAACUAUCUUUCUGGAAGGAUUCCCGACAGCCUAGCAUCUUUAAAUUUCUUGACACAUUUGAAUAUGUCAUUCAACAAUUUGACAGGAAGAAUACCGAUGGGUAAUCAGCUUCAAACACUGGAAGACCCCUCGAUCUAUGAAGGUAAUCCUUAUCUAUGUGGGCCUCCUCUAAGUCGGAUCAAGUGUCCAGGUGAUGAAAGUUCAAGCAAUGUACCAAUUUCCACAAGCGAAGAAGAAGACGACAAAGCUGAAAAUGACUCGGAAAUGGUUGGCUUCUAUAUCAGUAUGGCAAUUGGUUUUCCAUUCGGCAUCAACAUACUGUUCUUUACCAUUUCCACAAAUGAAGCAAGGAGAUUAUUUUACUUUCGAGUUGUGGAUCGUGUCAAUUAUAACAUACUCCAAACAAUUGCCUUUCUUACAAUUGGUCUGAGGAGAAUGAUUAUAUGGAGACGAUGA